UGUAAUGUGUUUUGUGUAGCAAAAGAGGACACAAAAAAAGCGGACUGCCCUCAAAACAAGGAAAAAGAGAGGGAGGAGAGUUCGACGCAGAGAGAGGCAAACGUGGUGGAAUGUGUAGAAGGAACUGAAACAGUGGAUACAAAAGAGGAAUUAGUGGAGGUGAAACCACGGAAAAGAAAAUGUAGAAGGGGUUCUCCACCAGAGAAGCUCAAAAAGAAAAAAGAGGCGAUGGGAAGUAACGGAGAAAAAAUGGUGACAAGAAAAACAGAAGAGGAAAGUUUGAAAAUUUCUCCUCCGGAGGUGAGAUUGAAGAGAGGUGAAGUAAAAAGGAAUGAAAGAGGAGGUGAAAAUCAGAUGAAGAAGAGAUGGUAUUAUGUAGAGUACCAUAAGAAUAUACAUACGGAAACAGAGAUCCUGAAAAUGAAGUCAGUAAUAUGGGUUAAAUUACCUAAGGAUGGUACUAAAGCAAUAAUAAUAGAACUGAAUUGCUAUGAAGAGUUGAAAAACAGGUACGACAUGGGAACGGUACAGUUUGAAGUUGAGUUUGAAAAGGUGGAACCAGUAAUCGACCGGAGUGAUGUGAUAGCCCUCUGUCAAUGGAUAGCGAGUAAUAAGACUGUUUUUAUUGGAAAGACAAUGCAUCAGGAAUCCGAUGUGGACCGCGGGAUAAUACAUGGAUUGGUGACUUGCAAUGGGAGCUAAACAUAGAGGGGACAAACAAGGACAGACAAAUGGA